CGGGCAGAGCCUAAUCUAACGGUGCAGAUCAACUUAUCAGAAAAUGAGGAAAAGGGGGAAAACAGAAAAUUCCAGAAGAACAAAAACUGUCUAAUAGUUAGGGCAAAAUACGCUCUUCUGAAUCUGAUCCCCAAAUUGAAUUGGAUCGAUCUUGGAUACUACUGAUGAAUUUAGGGUUAGGGUUCUUGUUCACCCUCUGAUGGAGACGGACUACGUCGCCGAGUUCCUUCAUAAUCACAUGGAUCGACGUCCCAGAAAGAGACCUAGGCUCGCUUGGGAUUUCCCGCCUCAAACUCACACCAAGGCUCAGCCGGGAUUGUAUUUUGGACAAGAUGUUGGAAAUGGGACAAGCAUGGGACCUUCAAGAGUACUACUCGCAGACCAUUCCAGUUUAUAUCUAAAAGGAUUGGCUCAAAAGGGCUCUCCCCCAUGGCGAGACGAUGACAAAGAUGGACAUUACAUGUUUGCUCUCGGAGAGAAUUUAACAUCUCGCUACAAGAUCCAUAGGAAAAUUGGCGAAGGAACCUUUGGUCAGGUUUUGGAAUGCUGGGAUAGGGAAACGAGAGAGAUGGUUGCCGUAAAAGUUGUGAGAAGUAUAAAAAAAUACAGGGAGGCAGCAAUGUCCGAAAUUGAUGCACUCCAGUUGCUAGGGAAGUAUGAUAGAAAUGGCAGCCGUUGUGUACAAAUAAGAAACUGGUUUGACUACCGGAACCAUAUCUGCAUUGUCUUUGAGAUACUUGGACCAAGCUUAUACGAUUUUCUUCGAAAAAAUAGUUAUCGACCAUUCCCAGUAGACCUUGUCCGUGAGCUUGGCAGACAACUCUUGGAAUGUGUAGCAUUUAUGCAUGACUUGCUUCUUAUCCAUACCGAUCUGAAGCCAGAGAAUAUACUCUUUGUUUCUCCAGAUUAUGUGAAAAUUCCAGACUACAAGGUUCCAGCACAUUCAUUUAGUGAGGCAGGCUGUUACAAGAGGUUGCCAAAGUCUAGUGCCAUUAAGGUCAUUGAUUUUGGCAGCACUGCUGAUGGUCAUAAACAUCACAACUAUAUUGUUUCCACCAGACAUUACCGUGCGCCCGAGGUUAUCCUUGGCCUUGGAUGGAGUUACUCAUGUGACAUAUGGAGUGUCGGCUGUAUAUUGGUGGAACUUUGCACAGGGGAAGCAUUGUUCCAGACCCACGAUAACUUGGAGCACUUAGCUAUGAUGGAAAGAGUAUUAGGCCCGUUACCUCAGCAGAUGCUGAAGAGAGCGGAUCGACACACUGACAAGUACGUGAGAAGAGGUAGGUUGGAUUGGCCCGACAAUGCAACCUCUCGUGAUAGCAUUAAAGCCGUCAUGAAGCUGCCUCGUCUUCAGAACCUUGUAAUGCAACACGUGGAUCACUCGGCGGGAGACAUAAUCGACCUCUUGCAGGGUCUUCUUCGGUACGACCCUUCGGCCAGGCUAACGGCUCACGAGGCCCUCGGGCAUCCUUUCUUCUCAAGGGACCCUUACAGGAGACUUUGAAUCAAAAGAAGAAGAUAUUGGAUGCUAAUAAUCAUUAAUGUGUGUCCCCCCUUAAAGAAGGAAGUAACGGCUUUUUACGUCAUCAAUUCGGGUUGAAGAGUGUACCAUAUUAUGGGGAUUGCUUUUCUAUGUACUCUUUAUAUCGAGGAGAAUCAAGCUGUUCAGUCGCUGACGAAUACAAAGUGUUCUGAACC